AUGCAUCAGAUCCCCCAGUGGCCCCAAGUAGGGACAGUGACAGUCAGCAGUUCUUUACAGACACCUGCUCCGUGGCAGGUUCUCUGCCGGCCCUGGCUGCGGGCGCCCUCAUCUAACAAGAUGCUUCGGUCCAUGGGUGGAGGACAAAGGCCUAUGGGCUUGGGGAGCGAGUUCUUUCGUCUCCUACAUGACCUUCAUCUGCUCGCGUUUCCCACGAAGUGCAUCUGGAUCCACCGGAGGGGCGAGGCCACAGCUCAACCGCGAGCACCUGAGCAUCCUGCACCGCCUGCGACGGCCGUCAGGGGGCGCGAUGCCGCCUCACAGAACCUCAAGAGGCGCCCGGGUUCCGGCACAGAAGCCCGGCGGCUCCAGGGGGCGGAGCCAAGCCGCCUCCUCAGGACCUACGCAGGAGGCGCCGUCAUCCCUACAGGGACACCCGAGAGGACCCAGCCUCCUCCUCCUCAGGACCCACUCGGGAGACGCCGCUGGCUCUAUAGGAACACCUGGGGACCGUGGCCAGGGACCACCCAGCCUCCUUCUCCUCAGCUCCUCAGGAACGACUGGGGAAGCUGUGGCUUCAUGGUCCCCGAGGCUGCCCGAGGAAAGGUAUUUCAGGACAGCCAGGAGGGGGCGCACAUCUGCCGAGAAACUGUGAGCAAGAGCGUCUGUGCUGAACCACGGAGCCACCAGAGGGCGCGCGAUCCCGCCCCAACCAACUUCCCGCGGAGGUGCCAGAAGCAGCGAGGAGCUUCAACUUCCUCAGGGCAGCACGAGGGUCGUGUUAACUUGGUGUUCUUCAUUGGUCUCACACUGUCACCCAGGCUGGAGUACAGUGGCACAACCUCUGCUCACUGCAGCCUCCACCUGCCAGGCUCAAGCAAUUCUCCUGCCUCAGCCUCCCGAGUAGCUGGGAUUACAGCUGGAUCUACCAUGAAGGACUUCUGAAUCCAGGAAGAGAGACUGACUGGGCAACAUGUUAUUCAGGUACAAAAAGAUUUGGACUGUAACUUAAAAAUGAUCAAAUAAUAGUGCAUGCAUCAAGUGCAAUGGGAAGCUCUUCUGGAGAGUGAGAGAAGCUUCCAGUUAAGGUGACAUUGAAGCCAAGUCCUGAAAGAUGAGGAAGAGUUGUAUGAGAGUGGGGAGGGAAGGGGGAGGUGGAGGGAUGGGGAAUGGGCCGGGAUGGGAUAGCGCAAACUGCCCGGGAAGGGAAACCAGCACCGUACAGACCUGAACAACGAAGAUGGCGUAUUUUGUUCAGGGAAUGGUGAAUUAAGUGUGGCAGGAAUGCUUUGUAGACACAGUAAUUUGCUUGUAUGGAACUUUGCCUGAGAGACCUCAUUGCAGUUUCUGAUUUUUUGAUGUCUUCAUCCAUCACUGUCCUUGUCAAAUAGUUUGGAACAGGUAUAAUGAUCACAAUAACCCCAAGCAUAGUAUUUCGUUAAUUCUCACAGAAUCACAUGUAGGUGCCACAGUUAUCUCCAUUUUAUGAAUGGAGUGAUGAAGCCUUAGGAAUAAUGAAUGAUUUGCGCAGGCUCACCUGGAUAUUAAGACUGAGUCAAAUGUUGGGUCUGGUCUGACUUUAAUGUUUGCUUUGUUCAUGAGCACCACAUAUUGCCUCUCCUAUGCAGUUAAGCAGGUAGGUGACAGAAAAGCCCAUGUUUGUCUCUACUCACACACUUCUGACUGAAUGUAUGUAUGGAGUUUCUACACCAAAUUCUUCAGUGCUCUGGAUAUUAACUGGGUAUCCCAUGACUUUAUUCUGACACUACCUGGAGUUAGCACAGACCCCACAAGUUAGGGGCUCAGUCCCACGAGGCCAUCCUCACUUCAGAUGCCAAUGGCAAGUCCUAAGUUGUCACCAUACUUUUGACCAACCUGUUACCAAUCGGGGGUUCCCAUAACUGUCUUCUUGGGUUUAAUAAUUUGCUAGAACAGUUUACAGAACUCAGAAAAACAGUUUAUUUUCUUUUUUUCUGAGAGAGAGGGUCUUAUUUUGUUGCCCAGGCUGGUGUGCAAUGGUGCAGUCAUAGCUCAUUGCAGCCUUGAUUGUCUGGGCUCCAGUGGUUCUCCCACCUCAGGCUCCCUAGUAGCUGAGACUACAUGCCUGCACCACCACAUCUGGCUAGUUUCUUUUAUUUUUUGUAUAGAUGGGGUCUUGUUGUGUUGGCCAGGCUGGCCACAAAUUCCUGGUCUCAAGUGAUCCUCCCACCUCAGCCUCUGAAAGUGCUGGGAUUACAGAUGUGAGCCACCACAUCUGGCCAGUUCAUUUCCUAUUACUGGUUGAUUGUGAAGGAUACAUCUCAGAAACAGUCAAUGAAAGAGACGUUCAUGCUGGAUGCAGUGGCUCAUGCCUGUAAUCUCAGCACUUUGGGAGGCCAAGGUGGGAGGAUCGCUUAAACUCAGGAGUUUGAGACCAGCCUGGGCAACAUGGUGAAAACCUGUCUCUAUAAAAAAUUAAAAAAUAAUAAUAAUAACCGGUGUGGUGUUGUGCACCUAGAGUUCCAACUACUAGGGAAGCUGAGAUGAGAGGAUACCUUGAGCUGGGGACUGGGGAGGCUUAGGUUACAGUAAGCUGAGAUUGUGCCACUGCACUCUAGCUUGGACAAAAGAGCCUGAUCCUGUCUCAAAAAAAAGAAAGAUACCCAGGGCAAGUUAAGUUCGGAGGGGCACAGAGCUCCCAUGCCCUCUGUUGAACAUGCGACCCUCCCAGCAUCUCCUGUGUCCAGCAACCCUGAAAGCUCUGCAAACCCCGUUCAGGGUGUUUAUGGAGGCUUUAUUAUGCAAGCAUGAUUGAUAAAGUCUUUGGCUGUUGGUGAUUAAGUCGGUCUCCAGCCCCUCUUCCUCCUGGAGUUCAGUGCAUGAGGCUGAAAGUUCCAAGCCUCUUACCAUGUGGUUGCGUGGUAAUCAGCCCUCCUCUUGAAAAAAUUUAGGAGCUUGCAGUCACCCAGUCAUCUCAACAACAUCCCCAAAUGCAUUCUUACCAUGCUGGAGAUCCCAAAGUUCUUAGAGGCUCUUGUGUUAGAAA